GUGUGAAGUACAAUGACAUUUGGUGUGAAUAAUGAGUUAUAUGAGAAUAUUUGUUAUGUGUCGACUUUCUAUUUUUGGAAAUGGCCUAUUGAAUUGGGAUGUCCGAAUAAGGAAACAUGGCCUAUUGAAUUGGGACGGAGGGUGUAGUAUUUAGUCUCUUCCUAGUACAAUUCAGAAGCAAAGACGAGUUCUUGCCGUUUUGGCGUUUACAAUUGGAUCUUUCUCAACUAGGCUUCAUUAUCAUUGCUGCCCAUCACAGUAGCUAGAGAAACUGAUGCAUUUUUUGUAGGUUUCUUAGUCUUUUUGCUUCUAAAAACCAUCUCACUAUCACUAAAUACACCUGUGCACUUUUCACACACACUAAAAAACAAAGCUACUGUAAGCAAAGUUGGGGACAAACACCCUCAAAACUUUCUUGAUUUCACCAAAUAAACAAUAUGAUGAUGAGCAUCAAACCAGCAUUCCUCUCUUAACUCUUAUGUGAACUUUUAGUACUAUCCAUUUACAAUUUAUGCACACAUACACAUAUACACCUACUGUCUAAUCUUGGAAGAAAAUGGCACCCUCUCUUAACACCCUCCUAAUACUAUCUUCUCUACUUGUCAUCUCUGCUGCAGUUGCUGCUGCUCAAUCUCCCAACUUCACAUGUUCAUCCGACUCCCCUACGACAUGUCCAACGUAUGUCACAUACCGCGUGAGAUCACCCUACACGGCUCUUGGAACCAUCUCUCGUCUCUUUGGCAUCACUGGUGAUGGCAUAGCAGCAGCCAGUAAUCUUUCGUCUGGUGAUGCUCCCCUCAUCCCUGAUCAGCUGCUGAUGGUUCCGGUCAACUGCACCUGCAACGGCACGCAUUAUUUCUCCAACAAGACUUACCAUAUGAACAAGGAUGACAGCUUCUACACUGUCUCCACUAAGCCUUUCCAGAACCUCACCAACAUCUAUGUGGUCGAGGAUAUGAACCCGUCUCUUGACCCGAGCAACCUCACAGUUGGGGUGGAAGUGGUCUUUCCCUUGCUAUGCAAGUGCCCGGGAAGUUCCUUUGGAAGUCAGUACCUUAUUACUUAUGUGUGGCAGCCAGGGGAUGAUGUGCUGUCUGUGGCUAAUAUGUUCCAGGCCUCCUCAUCCGACAUUGUAGUGAUCAAUAACGACAGGAAUUUCAGCGCUGCCACCUGCCUUCCGGUGCUGAUUCCUGUGAACUCACUGGUUAUUCUGCAGAGCUUCGUUUCAUCAGUUGCCUCGAGCAAAUCCAGACCCCACCGGAUGCUGGUUGCAGUUCUGAGCAUUGUUAUGGUGUUGUUGGUUGUUUCGUCUGGUCUGGCCGUGUACUUCCGCCUCCUGUACAAGAGAAGCAAAGUGUUGGCUCGGAGCAGCUCCUCUUUGGAGACUUUUGGUCUCAUCCCGGCCUCCAAAGACCAAGCUUCAGAGCCUAAGACAUCCCAGGAUAAAUUGCUUCCUGGGGUGUCGGGCUAUCUUUGCAACCCGAUCAUCUAUGAUCUGGAUGUGAUCAUGAAGGCAACUUCGAACCUCAGUGAGAGGUGUGCAAUUGGCAGAUCAGUGUACAAGGCCAUCAUCAAUGGUGAUGAGGUUGUGGUGAAGAAGACGCGAGAAGCAGCUGAGGAGAUCCAGAUACUGCAGAGGGUGAGCCAUGGGAAUCUGGUGGGGCUAAUGGGAGUGUCCUUGGAUGAUGAUCUGAAUUUUUACGUUGUCUACGAGUACGUUGAGAAUGGAUCAUUGGAUAACUGGCUGUUUCCGAAGGUGUCACCAUCUUCUCACUCAGUCACAGCUGAGCCACUGAGCUGGAAGCAGAGGUUGGUUAUAGCUCUAGAUGUAGCCAAUGGUCUGCAAUACAUGCACGAGCACGCUCAACCGAGUGUGGUCCACAGGGAUAUCAGCACCAGCAACAUACUUCUUGAUUCUAAAUUCAAAGCCAAGAUUUCAAACUUCUCUGCAGCCAGGCCAGCUGCUUGCUCUCUCAUGCUAAAUGUGGAUGUGUUUUGCUUCGGAGUUGUGGUGUUGGAGCUCCUCUCCGGGAGGAAGGUGAUGGAGACGAAGGAUAAUGGCAAAGUUGUGAUGUUGUGGGUGGAGAUAGGUGGGAUUUUGGAAGGUGGAGAUCAGAGGAAAGAGAGGCUGAGGAGGUGGAUGGAUCCUAAGUUGAAGGGGUGUUUUUCCAUAGAUGAUGCUUUGAGUUUGGCAACCAUUGCCAAACUAUGCACGUCGGAGAAGGCCUCAGAGAGGCCGACUAUGGCAGAGGUCGUCUUCAGCCUCUCCGUUGUUGUGCAGCCGUCUCCCUUUAUGUACGACAAGUCAUGGAUCUCAAAGUUUGAAGCUGAGGAAGUUGGGAAAUUUAAACUAAAAGUAUUAGAUGGCUACUAGUCUCAUUCAAUGGAAAAUGAUUGAGGAUUGUAGAUAUCUGGCUGGAUUUUGAUGAGAGCUUUAACAACUUCAUCCAUGCUUAAUCUUCUGGUAGGUUGUGGAGCCAAGCACGCGACAGACAGCUUCAGCAGACGCAGUGCAAGCUCACUCUGGUCGAUGGCAAAGCCAAGUGGAUGCUUCACUUGGAGACGAGGAUCAACAAGGUCGUUAACAUCAGCUGUCGUGUCCGUUCCAUCAACAACGGAGAUGACUACUUGGGACAGAAGAGCUUCUUCACCAUCCUGCACCAGCACGGCUUCUCUUCCGGUGAUCAACUCCAACAGCA